CUACAAUAAAUUGCCAGGCAGCCUGGCUUUGCUUCAGACUACUACUUCUCUCUACAGAUUGACUAUAUUGUACCUACCUACUGGAAUAUGACAUAGGUGGCUAGGAGUUUACGCCUUGUAUUUAAUGGGUAUAUAUGUAGGUACCAUUUACGACCCAUUACCUUGAACUAGCAAUUUAACCAACUAAUCAACCAAUAUGAUACUCAUAACCUGCACUUAUUUCAACAGAACCCGCACUUGAUAUACAGGACCAUCCGAAUUUUACCGCCAUGACCAGUUCAAAUUCAUCAGCUAUAAACAUAGGCUUAAUCGAGGAUUUUCUACGUGAUUUUGGUAUACCGUCAGUGCCGGAUAUAUCCGGAGUUGGUGUUCUCAUUGGUUUCAUUGCCCCAGCUUUCUUUCUACUCUUCGUGGUCUGCAUACAUUAUAUCCUCGCUUUUGAUCCUACCUUGGACCCAUUCAGAAGAAAGGACAACCAAGAAAAGAAGGCGAAUCGCCCAAACCCAUUCGAUCAAAUUAUACUCAGAACUAUAAGGGGUUUUUUUAAGAUUAGGGCAGUAGAAUUGAGAGAAUCCUAUAUUUAUCAGGCUUUCCACACUUCUUUCAAUCAAUGUGUUUUAAGUUUAGCUGACACGCAAGCCAUCACGGGUCUCUCAAUACUUAUUGGCAACUAUCUUUCUCGGUCAGGGCGUUCUGCCUUCCAUUGGAAAAUGGUCACCUAUUUAGCUUGGUUCUCUUGUGCGACGCAUCUCUCGGCAUUGAUCUUUUUACGGAACUAUCUCAUCAACCACCCGACCGAAAGAUGGUGGCGACUUGCGGCUAUGCUCACCUUGUUAGUGUGCCUAGUAACCUCUAUGUUGCCAACUGGCCACUUCGAUUGGGAGUACUUGACCUGUUCAGAUAUAGACGUUGCUGGCGAUUAUUAUGAACUUAUCAUUGGUUCUAAUACCCUAGCUCUUCCUUCUGAUAAUGCCACUUCGUACUUCAAUCUUAAUUUCGACUAUACAUCUUCUAGCGGAAGGGAUUCAAUGAUCAUAUCGAUCCUUUUAUUAGGAUUAGGUUUCAUCGCACGGAUAUUCAAGCUACAUCGACGGAUUUCAUGGUUUGGAGUUGAAUCAAUCUCAGUCCGUAUUAUCAACAGACUACUCAAGAGCGCUCUCUUCUUUCAAAGAUUCUUCGGCACAUCAACUUUGGAAGAUCGAGUUGUUUCUAAUAUUGUAGUCUCGGCGCAUGUGACUCUUUGUGUGUGGGUAGAUUUAUGGGCAUCACUAGCUUCUGAUGUAUUCUGGUUGAUAUUCUCAUUGGCAUGGGGGACAAUUAAGAUUAAAAACCUCAGAGUUCUUUCAACUCGAUCGACAAACCAAGAUAACUCAUGGUCGUUCGGCCAAGUCCUCCCCGUUCUACUCCUGGCUUUGCCAUUAAUAACUUUAUUUGAGCUCUUUCUCAAAUCUCUAUCUUCAGAAAAGGACAAAGCGAAGCAUACAACAUACAAUAACCCAACCCGGCAGUUUAAUAUGGAGCUCAAUGAUCUUCUAAUUGGGCCUGAAUCAAGGACUAGCGGCAGUGAAUCUGAUUCAGAAUGGAUAAUUAGACCAGAGCUCCUCGACACUUACUACGAAGAAAGCAUUUGGAUGCCUUCGAUUGUCCAUAUAUGCAAUACAUAUGUCAUUUCAAUGGCAGUCUCUCUGUUGGUUCCCGCUUUUGUAAUUUUCUAUGAAUACAGGGAUGAUGGAUUAAUAAUACCAUCUGAUACUGCGACAACAGCGCAAAGCUUAAUUGUAUGGUUCAUCUUUGUGCAAGGGGCAACUAUUCAACUUGCUAUUCUCUUAUCAUCUCUCACCGAAAUGAAAUUGAACAACCAAAAAAUAAUUUGUUGUACUAUAACAUUUAUUACGCUCUUCUUACAAGCUGUAUCUUGCUAUAUUUGUUAUCUUACAUGGAACGCCGGGAUAUAUGAUGAAUUUUAUGUAUACCUCUGGCAAUUCUUGUAUGUUCUAGUCACGUUUGGGUUGUUCUUGAUAUCAUUAAUUGUCAGACAAUUAUCUAUUCUCAAAAGGGCACGGGGGAAGAGAUCUCACAGAUCACAAGCAGAAGCAGUUGUUCAAAUUUAAGGA